GCGCACCACCCCUGCGCACGAACACACCGCACGGACGCCAAGAACGGGAGGCAGAGCAGGCCAGUGGGGGCGCCGGGAGGUGGGGGCGUGCUGCCAGCGACCGAGAGUUGGUGGUGCUGUGCCGGCCGCUGGACACGGACGGGAGGUGGUGCCUUCUAGGAGUGCGCAGCGCCGGCGCCGGCGCAGGACCAGAUCUGCGGCACCGCCGGCGGCAGGCCACCAUCCCCGAGGCUCCGCAUUGGAUCAAUUAGAUGCAGCACAGCUCCAUUUCUAUUAGUUACCGGAAUGAUAGUUUCCUUUGCUACGACGCUGCGCCAAGCUCACAACUGUACCUGAUUCCUCAGCAUGGUGAAUCGAUGGAUCUAACUAUCAACAAGCAACUUGUUCAGUUUCAUCAGUUACGUCCCCCUGUUAUCUUCACCUUCCUUAUUUGUUGUCGCUUCCUGGUGCCGUCUAGCAAGUGUACAAGAUGUAUGUCAUUGCCUGAUGAUCAAUGCAGUGACAUCUCUGUCGCACUCAUCUGCUGAAGUUGCACAGAAGAAAACAAGAGAGAAGCAAGGGCUGCAUUCUGGCAGCUUCCCCUAGUACAUUGGCCUCAAUUCCUCUUUCAGUGUCCACUAUGUCUCGCAACUUGGAGAGCCCAGUGCAAACUCAGAUGGCAGUUUCAGUCUUGGACCGAGCUCUUAGCAGUGAGUACCCUACCAAAAGUGUAAGUGAGUCCAAGGUUGGUGGAUGGAAACGUCUCUUUGUCCAAACUGACACUGGUUGUGUCCUGGCUGUUCAACUGGAUCGCGGUGACAAUGUGCACACAGUCAAGAGAAAGCUGCAGGUAGCCCUCAAUUUUCCGACCGAGGAGAGUUCUCUGACAUUAGGUGAUCGUGUCCUAAAAAAUGAUCUCAGCACCAUCAGAAAUGAUUCCCCAUUGCUUCUCACCAAGACAUUCAUGCAUCGAAGCUCCUCCACACCAUGCAUGUCUCCUACAGGCAAGGAUCUCCAGCAACUAAGAGAUAGGGAUUGUCCAAUUGAACUGUUAGUAUGCCCGAGCCGCUGCUCUCGAACAAGGCAGCUUGUGAAGGAUGUUGCUAGGGCUAUAAGAAAAGGUGUGGAUCCAGUACCUGUCAAUAGCGGGCUUGGUGGUGCCUACUAUUUCAGGAACAGCAAAGGUGAGAAUGCUGCAAUUGUGAAGCCAAAUGACGAGGAGCCAUUUGCACCCAACAACCCAAAAGGUUUUAUAGGAAAAUCUCUUGGGCAGCCAGGCCUCAAAAGAUCAGUUCGAGUUGGUGAGACUGGUUUCAGAGAGGUUGCUGCCUACCUUUUGGACCAUGAUAACUCUGCUAAUGUCCCUCCAACAGUUCUCGUUAAGAUUUCUCAUCCUGUGUUUCAUAUGAAUGAAGGCGUGAACUGUUCUAACAAGAAUGUUGCUGAUGGUGAUACUCAAGUUGUUAGCAAGAUUGCAUCAUUUCAGCAGUAUAUUCCUCAUGAUUUUGAUGCCAGUGAUCAUGGCACUUCAAGCUUUCCCGUUUCCGCUGUCCAUAGGAUUGGUAUUCUUGAUAUCAGGAUCUUCAACACUGAUAGACAUGCUGGAAAUCUUCUGGUAAGGAAGCAGACUGGAGCAGGAACAUUUGGGAAUCAAACUGAGCUUAUUCCUAUUGAUCAUGGUCUCAGCCUUCCGGAGUGUUUGGAGGAUCCUUAUUUUGAAUGGAUCCACUGGCCUCAGGCAUCAGUACCGUUCUCUGAGGAUGAACUCCAGUACAUUGCAAAUCUUGAUCCAGUGAAAGAUGCUGACAUGCUGCGUAUGGAGUUGCCUAUGAUCCGCGAAGCAUGCCUGCGAGUACUAAUACUCUCAACCAUAUUUCUGAAAGAAGCCACGGCAUUUGGUCUGUGCCUUGCAGAGAUUGGGGAGAUGAUGAGCAGGGAACUUACUGGGAUGGAAGAUCUGCCAAGUGAGCUAGAGUUUGUCUGCAUGGAGGCAAGGAGGCUAGCAACAGAACAAGAAGACAGGUCAACAGAACAUGACUCUGGUGAUGAGAAUUUAACUCAAUUUGAACUGGAUGGUGAAGAUCAUGAAAUGCCAAAAGAACCAUCUGCCCAUCAGUUUGAAUUUAAGCGGCGAAACUCCAGAAACCAACUCUCUAAAUUGGAUGAGGCUGAUGAAGAAGAAGAGGAAGAGGAAGAUGACAUUGAGGAGGUAGAAAGCGGUGCAGGAAAGUUAGCAUGCCCUAAGCCUGUCAAUAAAUGGCUUGCUAACAUUUCGAAGCUGUCGACCUCACUAAAGGGUGUCAGUCUAACAGACAAAACCCAGCGUCAACUGUCUGCUGGUCCUAAGAUUGUGAAUUCUGUGAAAACUUCUAAGAGCAGUAGCAAUGACCAUGGCUCUCAACUUUGUAACUGGGGGAGUGCAAAUGAUAUGCUCCCAGCAAGUGUGAGCUUCGUCAAACUGGCUGACAUGGGACCUGAGAUGUGGGGGUCGUUCCUUGAGAAGUUCCAGGAGCUGCUGCCUGAGGCAUUCCACUCACGCAAGAGCAGCGUGACAGCACAAAGGGCAAAGCCGAGGCUUGGCACUUCUUGCCCAGUUUUGAGUUAGCGCAGGAGUAGGGAGGUGAGCACCUGUCCAGCUGCUGCUGUCUGCUGUGGCUUUCUUGUAGGUGUUAAGGUAUCCAGUUCUAGAAUAAAGCCAUCCUUCACUGCAUUGCAAUAGGGUUCGACUGAUUGAGCACCUGAUCCAGAGGUCCAUAUCGUGAUGAUGGUCUUGCUCUGUACAUAGUUUUUUUUUUGUCUUUUCAUUUUCUAGCUAGGUUGCUAGACAUGAGUUGCUUGAAGGAUGUUGGGAUGUGAUGUCAACCCUGUUCUUGGCCACCCAACUCUUCCACUCAUGAUAUGCAUUCAAAUGUUCCAUUCAAAUAAACAUUCAGCAGAAAGUUUCUGAUGUGGUAAUUAAACAUUGUGACAGACCUCAGAUGAAUGUUAAAGCUCAACUUACAAUCA